UCGGUUUUAUUGUUGAAUAAAGGGAGCCAAACUUUAACGAAAUGAAUCUAGCUGCUAAGAUCGCAUUGUUUUGCAUGGCAAUGGCUACUGUAUCUAGUGAUCAAAGUAAAGUAAAUUCCAUCACUGCCGAGUCUAGUGGUUAUGAACUCUCGGGAUUCAGUUUAGAGCUGCUGUUAUCUCAGUUAGAUAACAUACAGCAUACCCUUCUGGAACAACAUCGAUCUACCCACAAGGAGAUCUUUGCUGCCUUUCAUAAAUUUGAGCAUGAAUUCGAACGCAAUUUGACUGUUCUUCAAAAUAUAUCGUUUAUGAUUCCCACAGAGCCGAGCUCGUACGACACGCCGAAGCCACAGCAACCAUCUUAUUCGUCCUGCAAGACUGCCCCAUCGAACGUCUCUGGUGUCUAUCGCAUUCGUGUAAAAAGUGACAGUGAACCGAUCGAAGUGUACUGUGAACAGGAGACCUAUGGCGGUGGAUGGGUUGUGGUGCAGCAACGCAUGGAUGGCUAUUAUGAUUUUUAUCAGAACUGGACCGAAUACCGUGACGGAUUUGGUGAUCUGGAGGAGGAAUUCUGGCUCGGGUUGGAGAAAAUGCAUCGGAUCACGGCCGCUCGACCACAUGAAUUGCUGGUGGAGAUGAUGGAUUUUACCGGAUAUUUCACAUAUGCUCACUAUACCGCUUUCAAGAUUGGAAGUGAAAGUGAGCAAUACCGUCUUAAGAGCCUUGGAACGUACAGUGGCACUGCAGGGGACUCACUGUCCUAUAACAAGAGGAUGAAGUUUACAACCAAGGACAGGGAUAAUGAUCUGCUUGGUGAUACGCAAUGUGCUCACAUUACUGCCGGUGCCUGGUGGCACAAUGGCUGUACCUAUGCGAAUUUGAACGGCCGACACUUGAAUGCCAACAAUAAAACAUCAAUGUAUUGGUAUUCGUUUAAAUUCAACCACCAAGGCAUGAGAUUCUCGCGAAUGAUGAUUCGUCCACUGAAGAAAGCUUCUGAAAGGGAGAGGAUAUAAAUAAUAAGUGUAA